CAGCAUCAAGCGCAUUCCGCUUUCCAAGAACAUUUUCAUUCACUUCAAUAUUUAAUAGAGUAUAAUUGUUUUAUUUUAUUGUGCGCGAUGCACACUCAGUUGUAACUUGAGUUACGCGGACGAAGCGACAUACAAACAGUACUCCUUGAGGUGGAACGACCGUGCUUUUGUUUCGAGAUUAAACACGUUAUUAGAUCUCGGACAUGUGAACGGUUCACAAUGGCUCUUUCCUCAAAUUGUUGGAAAUAUCUCGUGCUAACGUUCAAUGUUUUAUUCGCAAUGUCAGCGGUCGUACUUUUCGGUGCUAGUGGGUUUCUGUUAUACCGUUUAUUUGUAUACCGGCAUUUCAUUGGUGUAAAUGUGGAGUAUCCAGCGAUACUUCUGCUAAUGAUGGCUAUCAUUACAUGUUCGAUUGCCUGGAUUGGGUGGAGGACAGCGAAAUCUAUGCACCAAAUACACGUAAUAUUGGCUGGCAUUUUAAUUUUGCUAGUGGUGAUUAUAGAAUUUGUUUGUUUUGUAUGGGCCAUGGUUGUAUGGGACAAUAUUGAAAUUGACAUUAAAACUACGAUGACUGCCUAUUUCCUAGAAACUAGUACAAAAGAAACAAAUCCGGACUCAAUACGAUGGGAUAGACUUCACGUAAAGUUCGAAUGCUGUGGCGUCAGCGGUCCCGCAGACUACAGUUCUACGGGACACGUGCCAUUCUCCUGCUGUGGCCAGGGUCCCCUAGAUUCAAUACAGAAGCCAUACACUGCAGACUGUACUACGGUAUACCAGCGUGGCUGUGGUAACUUGCUUCACGUGUAUGCGAAGGAGCAACUGCUUUUUGUUGCCAUGGUUGCGCUUAUUGCGUCUGUUAUUCAGAGUACCGGAAUUUUCUGCACGUUUUUCCUCGCUCAUGCUAUCAAGGAGAAGCGGCGUGCGUCCAUACGAACCUCAACUAUCGCCCGAGAGUCCACUUUUGCUGCACCAGAUGACUCCCUAUUAGCAUCUCCCACCGCGCCUGCACAAACCUUGCCAAAGUAUUAACACGUGUAUUCUAUAAUCUAUGAAAUGCGAAUCGUUAUGAAAAAUCGCUACAUGAGAGCGCGGUGUAUGGACCAAAAAUCCCAAACCAGUCUGAAAAUUAACUAUAUCUUUGAUCCAAUGCUGGAUCAUGGAUAGGUUUGUGUAAUUAAGUAUAGUUCUGCUUUAGUCAGACACAAUUUUCAUAUUUUCUGUUGAUACUUUUUUACUAUCACUUCUGUCCACUAAAAAAAAAACAAAUACUGUUCCGUCGGGAAUUCACAUUCGGACCUUCGAGCCAUAGUGUGCCAGUACAUCAACAUCAAUCAAAAUUAAAUCUUGUUU